AUGACGCGAAGCAAAAAUUCAGAGAAAAACAUGGAGGAAUUGGAUGAAAAACUAACUGCCAUUAACGAGCAGUUGCAGAAAUUGAUGGAUGGGAUGAUGGUUAUCGGUGAGCACAAUGUGCAGACUGAUAAGGAGCUACUGGAGUUGAAGGAAUCCAUGGGAAUGAUGAAUCAGAAGGGAAAGGAAAAGGAAACGAUGAGAGCUGAAUCAUCAAAUAUCAGAAUUGGAUCGAUGGAUCCUCAACAAGAAGGCAGAGGCAGAGAAGUUCAGCAAGGUAUGAAUCAUAGUAGCAACCAUCUCACUCGAUAUUCUAAACUAGAAUUCCUUCGAUUUGCUGGAAUAGAUUUAAAAAAUUGGUUGUAUAAGAUCGAUCAAUUCUUCUUUAUGGAUGAAGUUGCUUUUGAUCAAAGAGUUAAGGAUUUUUGUGCUAGAUCCCACUUGGAUGAGUAUGUGUUGGCAUUGAAUGAAAGGUUUGGAGAUGGAUUCGAAGAUCACAUGGAGGCAUUGAAAAAUCUGCAACAAACUGGUAAUGUUAGGGAUUACCAGGCAGAAUUUGAUAGACUUUUAACUGGUGUUAAUUUGUCCAAUGAAAAUGCAAUCAGUUGUUUCCUUGGAGGCUUAAAACCAGAAUUGAACAAAUUUGUUAGAAUUCAAUCCCCCAGAACCUUGUUACAAGCUUAUAAGAUUGCUAGGUUACAAGAAGAAGUGUUUGAAGCUCAAGCUGAAUCAUGGGGAUUUAAGCCUAGGUUGAGUAACAGUUCUGGCCUUUUGCCUAAUCCCAAUAACAAUAAACUCCAGUAUAACCCAAAGAGCCAAAUACCAAACUCCACUAUCAAAAAGCCUUUUGAACCUAACUUUACAAAAAACAACAGACCUUAUGGGAUGAGGUUGACUGCAGCUGAAAUGAAUGAUAAAAGAUCCAAGGGUCUAUGUUUCUUUUGUGAUGAAAAGUAUAUACCAGGACACAAGUGUAAGAACAACAAGCAAUUGUACUUAUUAGAAGUGAUAGAAGGUGAAGAGUUAGAGGUGGAUGAGGUAGAGAUGACAACUGGAGAUAUGGUAGACUCAAAUGAGUUUAUGGCUAUAUCACUGCAAGCCUUUACAAGUGCAGCAGGGUAUCAGACCAUAAGAGUCACUGGUUACCAUGAGAAAAGACCAUUGCAGGUGUUGAUAGACACUGGGAGUACUCACAACUUUAUUGAUGAAUUAGUAGCUGCUAAAUUGGGCUGCAAAGCUUGUUCAAUUCAAAGACAAUCUGUUAGUGUUGCAGAUGGUAGGAAGGUGCAGACUGCUUCAGUUUGUAAGGAUAUGAAAUGGUUACUGCAAGGUACCGCCUUCUCCUCUGACUUUUUAUUACUACCAUUGGGCAAUAUAGAUAUUGUAUUGGGAGUUCAAUGGUUGAAUACUUUAGGAAGGAUAUUGUUUGACUUUAAAAAGAGAACAAUUAAAUUCAUAUACCAGGGAAAGAAACAUGUUUUGAGGGGUGCUAAUGACCAACUUAAGACUGCCAAGGUUAAGAGUUUGGUCAAGAAGAGUAGUGAUGAAGCUCAAUUCUUCAUGAUGUCCUUAGAUAGUGAGGCUAGUGGUAUUCAUUGCCACAAUAUACAUGCUAUACCAAGAGCUGAUCAAUUGCCAGAAUUAGCAGCUCUCAUUAAACAGUAUGAUAGGGUAUUUGAACCACCUACUACAUUACUACCUCAUAGGGGCUCUUUUGAUCACAGAAUUCCUCUUAAGGAAGCUUCCAAUCUUGUGAAUAAGAGACCUUAUAGGUAA